AUGAGCCGCUCGCCAACAGGCCGCCAAUUGGCGAGCAAACUAUACACAAGGCUGUCAAUCCCGUCAAUACCAAGGACACGAUGCGCGGCGACACAACUGGCCCAGCCCUUCUCGACCUCGUGUUGCAGGCCAGCCGAAGGCGAUGGCAAAGGCAACCUCCUCAGCUACCUCAAUAAGCCACAAACAACUACCACAAAAUCUGCUCCUAGGCCCUCUUCUCCUCCGAUGAACUCUCCAGCACAGCCGCAGACGAAAGCCUCGACUAUGGCUGAUCUCGUCAAGACCAUACCUGCCGCGCAGCUGGCCUCAGGCCGUGCCGUCAACGACACUCGGUAUGUCGAUACGUCCGUCCUCGGACAGGGUGGAUUAGCUGGCUUGGACCCUCUCUCGGACGGCGCAGACAAGCAAGAGGAUUGGGGCGCGGAGCCAUUCCACUUCCACAUCUACAGCCACAAGCACAACACCCACGUCACGGUGACGAAGCCGAACCGCGACGCCAUCGUAUCCCUAUCAUGCGGUAACCUGGGCUUCCGGAAGAGCCAGCGGAAACACUACGACUCGGCGUACCAGCUCGGGGCUUAUGUCAUUGACAAGCUGCAACAGCAGGGCUGGCACAACAAGAUUAGCUCACUUGAGGUUGUGCUUAGAGGGUUCGGUCCUGGCAGAGAAGCGGUUACAAAGGUCAUCCUGGGCAACGAGGGUCGGUUGCUCAGGGACAAGAUCGUCAAGGUGUCGGAUUCGACGAGAUUGAAGUUUGGUGGUACGAGAAGCAAGAAACCCAGACGUCUGGGUUAA